AUGAAACUCCACGUAUUGGCCGCUUUUUUGGGCAGUGCCCCUCUAACCCUAGCCUGGCUUCCCACCGACGAGGGUCGGAGCCUCUCCGGCUUCACCAGUACUUCCAAAAUCCGCGGUGUCAAUCUGGGGUCCCAUUUCGUCAUGGAGCCAUGGAUGGCCAGCACUGAAUGGUCAAAUAUGGGGUGCAGCGACUACAAGAGCGAAUGGGAUUGCGUGCAAGGCAUCGGACAGGAUGCAGCCAAUGCAGCCUUUAAGAAACAUUGGCAGACGUGGACCACCAAGGAUGAUAUCACUCGGAUGGUCUCAUACGGUCUCAACACCAUCCGGAUCCCCAUCGGCUUCUGGAUGUACGAAGACUUAAUCAAUGACAACGAGUACUACCCACGCAACAGCUCAAUCGACGAUCUAAUCACCGUCUGCCAAUGGGCGUCUGACGCCGAUAUGUAUAUCAUUAUUGAUGUGCACGGACUGCCGGGCGCUCAGCAGCCCAACCAGCCCUUUACCGGCCGGUACGUGGAUCCACCACAAUUCUACCAAAAUGACGAAAAUGCCGAACGAGCAUACAAGUUCUACGAAUGGAUCAUCGAGAAAGUCAAUAGCAACCGCUCCGCAUUUAAAAAUGUCGGGGCCCUGGAACUCGUCAAUGAGCCGCUCCAGAACACAGAGAACGCUGACACAAACUGGAUGGUCGAGCAUUUCUAUCCGUCGGCGAUCGAUCGUAUCCGCGCGAAAGAAUCGGACCUGGGUGUUGCGGAUGCUGAUGCGUUGCACGUCACUGUCAUGGACGAUAAAUGGGACUCGGGCGGUAACCCUACGCGCUCUCUCAGCGACACCCAGAAGGAAAAGCUCCUGUUUGACGACCACAAUUAUGAGAUCUAUCUCGUUCGCAACGCCGCGACGAUAGAUGAGAUGAUUACGGAUGCAUGCGGCGACGAUCGCACGUCCAGUGUUAGUCCAAAGGUGGUCGGCGAGUGGAGUCUGGCGUUUGAUAACACGGGCGAUGCCUUCCUGCCCAUGACUGGGGAUCAUGCGUCGUCGUACUCGAAGUGGUUCUCCGCGCAGCAGAGACAGUAUGAAGCGCUUAAUGGGUGGGUCUUUUGGUCGUGGAAGACGGAUGCCUUGCCCAAUGUGGAGCAGUGGAAUUACCAGAAGGCCGUCGACGCGGGUAUCAUUAACAAGGAUUUGAAUGCGCAGUAUGAUCAGAAUCCGUGCUAG